GGUACUAAUGGUUUUCUCCUUGCUUAUUUAUGACAUACAUUUAGGACAAAUUAAAGCAUAUACUAUCUUAUACUAUCCUACUACUCUUCUUUCUAAUAUUUUAAGGGUAAGGAAGAGAGGAAUUCUGGGUAUUCAUUUGUGUUUUUCUCUUCCUUAGUCUCCCAUGGAGGGAGAAAGAUGUGGCAGUCUGCUUCCGUAAAGAUUACAGCCUUGAAAACCCUAUGGGGAAGUUCUGCUCUGUCCCAUAGGGUUAUUAUGAGUUGGAAUCAACUCGAUGGCAAUGGAUUUGGUUUUGAUUUUAGUCUCACAUGAAUACAUGACUUGAUUUAUCUUGAUCAGCCUAGUAACUUGCUCCACAUUUUUCUGAAAGUGCAAAGCAGUUUCAGCUAAAAAUACACAUAUCAAAAUGCUCCAAAAGUUGUGGCCACAGCUCAGAAAUGCUGAUCAAUUUUGAAAAUCUAAAUAAGCCUCUGCCAUGAAACCCAGGGAAGAACCUUUGUGGUGGGGGACAGAUUUCCAAAAAUUCACCACAGUCCUGUUCUUAGCUAGAGUUUAUGCUGAUGUUGCCAGACAACUGAGGAAUAGAUGCAAAAAGCAGGGAGCAUUAUUGAAUUGAGCCCCAGAGCCAAUUUGGGAAAAGCAAAUUAAAAUGUAAAAGAAUAUUUUUCCACCCCUGGCUUCUCAACAUAAAAUGGCAAAAUACAUGGUUGCUGAAAAAGUUACAGAAAGUGCUAAUUUUGCCGGAAAGUAAAAAUCAGUUACUCAUUCUUUUUACAUUAAUAAUGCAUACACAGAUAGCAGUUACAAAAGGAAAAAAAGUAUUUUUAAUUCAAAAGAAAUAUUUUAAUUUACAAAUUAAAGUGCACAUAUAUUUAAGUACAAGAUUUUGACAUAAAUAUGUGUGCGGUGUUGUUUCAAUGUCUUUGAUUUUGUUUUUAGGCUCCACUUGAAGAAUGGAUGAUGAUGAUUUUGGUGGUUUUGAGGCUGCAGAGACUUUUGAUAGUGGAAAUGGUGAAACCCAAACUAUAUCUCCUGCUAUUCCUUGGGCUGCCUUUCCUACAGUGUCUGGAGUCCACCUUUCCCCAGCUUCUCCUGAGAUUGUGCUGGACAACGACCACUCUUUGCCGUCUGUUGGCUGCCUCUCUUCUGAUCCCAUAGUUUCAUCACCCGAGAAUACACAUGCAGACAACAGCAUUGUCGGUCAGACUGUUCCAAAAGCACAGAUUCAACAAUCAACACACACUCAUUUGGAUAUCUCACUUUUUCCACUGGGUUUAACUGAUGAGAAAAGUAAUGGAACAAUUGCGCUUGUGGAUGAUUCUGAGAAUCCUGGAGCCAAUGUAUCAAACAUACAGCUUCAGCAAAAAAUUUCAAGUCUGGAGAUUAAACUCAAAGUUUCUGAAGAAGAAAAACAGAGAAUUAAAAAGGAUGUAGAAGCAUUAAUGGACAAGCAUAGUAUCUUAGAAAAAGGCUUCCUAAAAGAAAAAGAGCAAGAAGCCAUUUCUUUUCAAGAUAGAUACAAAGAACUUCAGGAAAAACAUAAACAAGAAUUGGAAGAUAUGAGGAAAGCUGGUCAUGAAGCCCUCAGCAUUAUUGUGGAUGAAUAUAAGGCACUGCUGCAGUCUUCAGUGAAACAACAAGUAGAAGCUAUUGAAAAACAGUACAUUUCUGCAAUUGAGAAACAAGCACACAAGUGUGAGGAGCUGCUAAAUGCUCAGCAUCAGAGACUCCUUGAAAUACUAGAUACAGAGAAAGAACUGUUAAAAGAAAAAAUAAAGGAAGCAUUGAUUGAACAAUCUCAAGAACAGAAGGAAAUAUUAGAAAAAUGUUUGGAGGAAGAAAGGCAGCGGAAUAAAGAGGCAUUAGUAUCUGCUGCAAAGCUUGAGAAAGAAGCAAUGCAGGAUGCAGUUUUAAAAGCCAUAGAAGAAGAAAGAAAAAAUUUGGAAAAAGCCCAUGCUGAAGAAAGGGAAUUAUGGAAGACUGAACAUGCAAAAGAUCAAGAAAAAGUAUCUCAGGAAAUUCAAAAAGCUAUACAAGAACAAAGAAAAGUAAGUCAGGAAACUGUUAAGGCAGCAAUAAUAGAAGAGCAGAAGCGAAGUGAAAAGGCUGUGGAAGAGGCAGUGAAAAGAACAAGAGAUGAAUUGAUAGAGUAUGUAAAAGAACAGAAAAGGCUUGAUCAAGUUAUCCGCCAAAGAAGCCUGUCCAGUUUGGAACUGUUCCUCUCCUGUGCCCAGAAACAGUUAAGUGCUUUAAUAGCUACAGAACCGGUUGAUAUUGAGUAAAGAGAAUCUGACAAGGUAGCCCACACUGGCAAUGGAUAAAUCAUUGGACCUCUAAUAUACAUGCUGUGAACUAUAAAGAUGCUUUUGUUUUCUUUCCAAAUCUUGGAGAAGUGAUUCUAAUUCAAGGAUGAACCAAAACAAUAUUUGGAAGAACUAUCAAGUGCUCUAAUUUAUUUUCUUUUGUUUUCUCGUUUACUUUUUCUGUUAUUUUAGUGGUAGUGGUGGUAGUGGUAGUGGUAGUAGUAGUAGCAGAAAGUAUGAUAAGACCCAAAGCCAUUGAAAAGUGCCACAUUAUUAAAAGUUAAGUGAACUUUAUAGCCUCUGGUGACCCAUUAUAUUGAAUUUGGCAAAAGUAGCAAAUAUCUUGUUUCCUGAUGACUCUUAAUAAGAUGCUAGAAUGUAACCAUACAUUUAUUUGAUUUUUAGGAUAGAAAUAGCAUGGAUUUCAACGUUACCUAUUUAUCUAUAUAACUUGGAUAUAAAACACAGAUAUGAUAGAGAAUCAUUCUGAUAUUAUCAAACCUCUUCUCUGCAUCUGAAUCAAUGUAUUUUUAUUGGUCUCCUGUAAACAGAUAAUACGUUUAAAAAAAAAAACACUAAAGAUUAUUAUAUUAAUUCAGCCUUGAUCUGAUCUACCACUUAAACUAAAGGGGGGGGACAUAUAUGUGAUAUGUGCUUAUUUCAUAUUUCUGCUCUUCAAAGGCAUUAUGAAUCAAUCAAUAAAGUAAUUUUUCUUAUGAGUAGAACCUUGAACUUGAUCUCUAGAAAAAAGAAUAUAACUCAGCCAUUUUUAGGAAUUUGGGUUCAAAUAUAAGAAAUAUGCGAUAGUUUCCCAAUACUUCACAACAUACAAUUUAUGAGCAGUGUGAGUAAAUGUGAAAUCAUGAGUAUUUCUAACAUCAAAACUAAAAUAUUAUUAAAUUGUAUGCAAAUGUUUUAUCUUAUUUUUUGAAAUGCUUCAACUUCAUGUCUUUAUACUUUUCUGGGAUUUUGCAAUGUAAUAAAAACAGCUUCAAAACA